UAUUCGAGCAAAGGAUGAACGAGAUCGAUCGAGACGUCUCUGCACGAAUGGAGAAUAAUAAUAUCUACGUAAGAUAUCGAUCCAGGCUCGUGUACGCCCCUGAUCGCAGGCGUAUUACCUGCAAUACGAGUCUGGUAAAGAGACAGAGACAGAGACAGAAACAGACAGACAGACAGAGGGAAAGAGAGAGAGAAAGAGAAAGAGAAAGAGAGAAAGAGAGAGGUAUCGUCAUACACGUCGAGGUAUGACGCAGUGUGCCCCAUAGAAGCGCGACUACAUGCCAUAGUGUCAUAAUACGCGUCCUUUGGAGCCGCUUUUCGAGUUGCGCAAUCAUAUUUAAUAACGACAGCCUGGCGAUUACCAGCACGGCUCGACUCAGCUCUCUUAGCAUCGCUGAUCUUCUUCUUCUUUCUUCUUCGUCUUCUUCUUCUUCGUUUUCUUCGUCUUUCUUCUUCGACUUCUUCGUCUUCUUCUUCUUUCUUUUUCUUCUUCCUUGAAUCAUCUUCUUCUUGUCGCGAGCGAGAACACGCUCCGUUCCAUCUACAUCCUUAAAACGGCAGAUUCGCGUCCGAGCACGAUCCUCAAACGAGCGUAUAACGUUUUGAACGACGAAAACGUUGGAUUAAUUUAUAAGGCGAGAUAUUGUGCGAAAAUACGAUCCAACAAAAUGCCGUGGCGACAACGAGCUCGCUGGCUCGCUCGCUCGCUCGUUCAUUCGCUCAUCCUUCGAAUCCAUUCGGAUUCGAUGUUAUCUCGACGGGAGGAUAAUGCCGUUAACUUUCCUUUCGUUUCGCUUCUUCACCGAAGUGAGAGUAAGAGAGAGAGAGAGAGAGAGAGAGAGAGAGAGAGAGAGAGAAUUAGGUGCGAGGAAGGUUUCGUACGAUCGAAGUAAGAUUUGUCAUUUAAUUUUUCAUCCGUUCGACUGACGAAAAUAAUAAGAAAAUUAUGUUAAAAAAGAAUCUUUCCGUUUAUUCAAAUUAAUCUAUUAGGAAUUACAAAGAAAGCAUGGCUCAGGAAUGGUGUUGCAAUUAAUAUCGUCGAUUAGAAUCGUGUAUAUCUAAAAUUCUUACGUAAGGUUCUGUACGAAGGCGUAGUAGUAUAAUGUCCUUGCAAUUAGUCGACCACACUUUUAUAAUAGUCCAGCUUAUUUUUCUUCUUAGUCCAUUCUAAUACUAUUAAUUCUCUCAUAAAUUACACUUUGGACAAAAGUUUCGAGAUUUUAAUUAAACCUUUCGUAUAAUUUGUUAUCUCAUUAACCGAGUUAAUAAAUUCAGAGUUCUUUUUUUUUCUUUUUUAUAAAUAUCUUUCAUCCAUUCCAAUCGUCGUCAGAAUAAAUUACGACUGAGACUUAUCGACGCUAGAUGACGAGUUUAUAACUACACGAUGCUUGAUACAAUCAAUAAUAUCUCUUUUCUUUUUCUUUUUAAUCUACUUCUACUUGUAAUCAUUUGAUAAAUGCUAUCUGUACAAUAUUAGAGAUCGGUUAUAGUCUAGUCGAUAGUAACGCAUUUGUGACUUAAUUUUAAUCGGCUCAGUUGUUCCUUUGACGUUCAUUUUCCUAGUCGAAUAUUCCGACGAAAAUCAGGAGGAAGGUAUCGUUAACCCGAUCGUACAACACAAAAGGAGAAGAAACUUUUUCUUUAUUACGACAAUACGAGCGUAUGAUAAUUUAUUAAGUUUUAACGGAGUUCAGAGGACCGUGAUAUUUAUUAAAACUUGUAAAGCUCGUCAGAGAGUUACUUCGAAGCCCAUUGAUCAUACUUAAAGCGUAUCCUGCUUGAAAGAGCUUACAGUUACAGGAGGACCAAGAAUUUAUCUUUGGUGUCGAUAACAAUCCCCUGGGAAUUAAUUAGUUCUAUCGUUGUAUCUGCAUAAUAGAGAUAAUUCUAAGAGCAAAAUGCUGGAACCGACUAUGCAAGCCUUAACAGCGGGCAGACUAAUUUUAGCCAGUGGAUCACCAAGAAGAUAUGAAAUAAUACAAAAGUUGGGCUUAAAUUUUGAAGUAAUGAUAUCAAAUUACGAUGAAAAUUUAGAUAGAUCCAAAUAUAAAAAUCAUGGAGACUACAUUCAAGAUUUAGCAAAAUUUAAAGUACAUGAUGUAUAUCAACGUUUGAAAAAUGAUCCUAUUUCACCGUCCUUAAUUAUAGGCGCAGAUACUUUUGUAACACUAGGUGAUACUAUUUAUGGAAAACCAAAAGAUGAAUCAGACGCAUUUCGUAUAUUGUCUCACCUUGUAAAUAGAGAACAUGUCGUUUAUACCGGAGUAUGUCUGAAAACGCCAAAGAAAGAAGUAACGUUCUAUACAUCUACGAAAGUAAAAUUUGGUGAUUUAUCGGAAGAUCAAAUUAAAGCAUAUAUAAAAACAGGAGAAUGUCUAGAUAAAGCAGGAGGAUAUGGCGCGCAAGGUCUUGGUGGUUGUUUAAUCGAGAGCAUAACGGGUGACUUUUACACUAUAAUGGAUUUUUUGUAUAGCCCCGAUGAAAACUCUAACGCGAUUGGUUGAAAAUUUUAAUAUAGCCGAUUUUAACCAAUGCAAAUAAGCGCACAUACGUCAGAGUAACGCGAUUGCUGGGUGAAACUUAACAUCAAAGAAAUAACUAUGG